AUGAACGAGGGCGCGGACGACGGCGGCGGCGGCGCGGAAGGCGCGGCGCGGUCCCUAGGGUGCGGCCGCGGAGGGGAUGGCUUUGUCCCGUCUGCGCUGGGAACCCGAGAGCAUUGGGAUGCUGUCUAUAAGAGAGAACUGCAAACUUUCCAAGAAUACGGAGAUACAGGAGAAAUCUGGUUUGGAGAAGAGAGUAUGACUCGACUAAUAAGGUGGAUGCAGAAACACAAGAUUCCAUUGGAUGCUUCAGUGCUUGAUAUUGGAACUGGAAAUGGUGUUUUCCUGGUUGAACUUGCAAAAUUUGGUUUCUCUGAUGUUACUGGAAUUGAUUACUCUCCAUCUGCAAUACAGCUUUCUGGAAGUAUUAUAGAAAAAGAAGGUUUAUCUAACAUUAAGUUGAAGGUAGAAGACUUUUUGAACCCUUCCACAAAGUUGUCUGGAUUUCAUAUUUGUAUUGACAAAGGGACUUUUGAUGCCAUAAGCCUUAAUCCUGACAAUGCAGUUGAGAAGAGGAAACAGUAUGUGAAAUCUCUCUCCAGAGUAUUGAAAGUGAAAGGCUUUUUUCUAAUAACCUCAUGUAAUUGGACCAAGGAAGAGUUGCUAGAUGAAUUCAGUGAAGGAUUUGAACUUUUUGAAGAGCUGCCCACACCCAAGUUCAGCUUUGGAGGCCGAUCUGGAAACAGUGUAGCAGCAUUGGUUUUCCAAAAAACAUGA